CAUCUCUAAUUCGACAGCACCCCGUUCGCCAUUUUUGUUGCCCAGGCUGGCCAAACACGACACCUGCCCAGCAUCAUACUGACCCAGCCAUUCGUCAAUAUCGUUGAAACAGUCCUUUCACGCCUCGCCAUCGCACAGGCGACAGCCCACUACUCACAACCGACCCGCCUGCAGACUCGGCCCUGCUUGCGCAGACGCUCCGACCCAAGCUGCCGACAAUACAAUGGCGCCAAGCAACCGGCCGUCACCGGCGCAGUCGUCAAUGCGCUUCGUCUCUGUCGACAAUGUCCUCCAGUAUGCAUCACAGAUUCCGUCAGGUCAGCCUCGAACGCCGCCAAGGCCGACGCCUCGUAUCACCGCCGUGCGCAGGAAGAGUGGUGGAGGCCUGCCCAACUUGACCUCGCGAGCCGGCCAGCAAAACAUGCCCUCCCGCACCACAAGGGUCAGCGAGAAGCUCGUCCUCUUGCCAGAGACAUCCGAGGAGCAGGACGACGCGGUAGACGAGGAGAUCCGGGCCGUGCUCAACGACGACGACGAGCUGCGCCCGCUCAAGGAUGAAGAGCUCGAGCUGCUCAAGCACAAGGGCGCGCUGCGUGGCAAGAGCUAUGCAGAGAGAUUGCCCAAGGGCCAGCGCACGGAGAAGUUCUCGCGGCUGACGGCCUAUUGCACCGCACAAUCGUACAAGCUAAGGUCGACCUCGGAAUUCCUGCGCAAGAAGCAUGACGCAAAGACGAAGCUCUACGACGAUUGCCUGUACACUGUUUACCACACACCCUUGCUCUCUGGGCUCGACGGAUAUAGAGUGCGCAGUCGGCCCAUACUGAAGUCGCCCGGCACCGGAAAGACGGUAUUAGAUUUGGAGAUCGAGAGGAGCGAGAGGCGAGACGAGCACAUGGGGUACUAUGACGAGUACGGCACGAGCCCAACUGAUCUACAAGAUGGUCGUCACGGCGACGGAGGUCGCGAGAAUCACCACGAGGACGAUGAAUAUCGUCACGACCGAUCACCAAAUCGACAUUCCAUGAGCCCGGUCAACCGACUGGCGCCUGACGCCAAGGAGUUUGCAGAGGUGUUUGUGUUCUCGUACGGCGUAGUCGUGUUCUGGAACUUCACCGAGCAACAAGAAAAGUCUAUCCUCGCCGACAUCACCUUUGCCGAGCAGGAGCACGGCGCGUCGCUGGUAUCGCGCCCGCUAGACCGCAGCGACGUGGAAACGGAGGAAUUUCACUUUGAGUACAGCAGCGACAUCAAGCGGCCCCGCGUGUUCAACGACAUGAUCACCCUUCUGCCGCGUUCUGACCACAUGGUGAAGCUCACCAUCAGCCACGCGAUCGCGCAAAGCACGAAGCUGUGCUUCUUUGAAGAGCAAUUACAGCAGGCGAUGCUCAACGCGGAGCACGUGCCGAGACGCCUUGCUAUCACCGGCGAGCUCAACAUGACGCGCGAGGAGAUCCUCAAGAUCCAGGGUUCCUUGUUUAAGAGCCGUGUCGAGAUCAAUCUGUCGUCCAAUAUCCUCGAUGUGCCCAACUUCUUCUGGGACUCGGAGCCAAACCUGCACCCCCUGUACGUCGCCAUCAGGGAGUAUCUCGAGAUCGACCUGCGCACAAAGGUGCUCAACGAGCGGUGUCGUGUCUUCCUCGACCUCGCAGAGAUCCUCUCCGACUCGGCCAACGACACCAAGAUGAGCUACAUUACCUGGAUCGUCAUCAUCCUCAUCGUAAUUAGCAUUCUCGUGACCACCUCUGAAGUCGUCCUGCGCUUCACGAUACUUUCCAAGGAGAGGGGCGAGAACGAUAACGGCGGCAGUGGCAAUGGCCAAGCUGGGGCGGACUGGAUGAGCGCUGUAUCCAACCUCACUCUCGCCGAGCUUCAGCACUGGGCCGCGCGGCUGAGCGAGCAGCAGCGUAACGCGGUGUGUUCCGCGGGGAAUGGGGCGGGACGGCUACUUUCUGAGCUGUGAUGUGAAGAGCCUAGUGUCUUGUAUAUUUGAUUUGUGAAGAAAUAGCCGUUGCCAAUCAGCGGCCAGCGUCGGGCAUUCUUUCUUUUGCCUUUCGUGUGGGAGGCUUCCAACUCGAAGUCUUGUUUUUCUGCAUGGAGUUCUUUGGCUGGCGCGUUUUGUUGGGAUCCCGCUUUCUGAACUUUCACUCUUGAGGCGUCGGGAACAAAAACUGCAUUCCUUGUGAGAUAACAGUAUAACAUAUCAAUUGUUUUUCCCUUUGGCGAC